CCCUCCUUCUUCUCCUUCUCGCACAUGAACUGAAAGACCAGACAACAAAGCCGAGAUACACAGAUGCGGAGAUGCACGAUCAGUCGCAAUCCGAGGUCGCAGGAGUACACACACAUCAUCAUCAUCAUCAUGCACCGUUCCACGCCGUUGUCCGCCUUUGGAGUUCGGGGAAUGAGCCAACCGCUGGGCAUCCGCAUCUGUUGCUGCCGCGUCUGCACCUGCAUUAACUUUGGCUUUCUGAUGUCCCGAAUUGGCCUGCUGAAGCUCAUGCAGCUGGGACUGGCCAUGCUCUGCGAGGGACUGCUAAUCAAGUACGGUGUGCCCUAUGCGGACUCCAUUGGCCAGGCGCUGACCAGCUUUUUGGCCACCACAGGGCAUUGCUUCACCACCAACGGGAUCCUGCUCAUAUGCUAUGCCUUCUCGGAUAAAUCCUACAAUCUCAUACGGCAGUCCAUGUUUGAGACUAUAUUCAAUGGGCUGGCCAGCUGCAUGUACUUCAGUUCGGCGAGUUACAUGGGCUUUGCGUGCGUGGUGUGGCUGCAUCCGCAGUUCCUGGUGCGACCUGGUUUCUGGGCAUAUCCUGCCAUGACUGCCUGCUAUUACAUGGGCUAUGCGGCAGGCAUUCUGCAUGCCUUGGACGCCUAUCUGGCUUUCCGGCAUUACAGAGGAGCUCGCUGAGUGGUAAGCACUAG